UUUGGUAUUUGGACAUUUGCUGAUCAUCGCGUACAGUGCAGUUCAUCGUUCGUUACUAUUAGUUUACCUCUACUCUAGUGUACAGUGCGCUUAAUGCUUAUAUAGUUAAAACAUAUUUGUUUCAAACAGACAAGAAACAAUAGAUUGAUCAUUACAGACCUCAAACUUACGUAUCAAGUAGUUAAUUAUGUGGAUUGUUGUUCAUUUCUUGGAUGAAGACGCUGUCGAAACUGUGCCUGAAACAUGGUAUCACAGAAAAAGUAAGACGUGUGCAUGGCCUAAUGCAAAGAAUCGGGCAAAAAAGUUAAUCGAAAAAAGAGCAUAUCCAAAUAAGUUGGAAUAUAAUUGGUUGCCAGCGAGGAUUUUAGGACGAAAAUAUGGAAGCUUAGAAGAAGCCCGAGCUAAGACAAACAAGGCCCUUAUCCUUUCAGAUUUAUCUGCAAAUGAUGAAUAUAUGAGCAAAAAAGUUACUACAAAAAAACAGUUUGAAAGUAGAAAAAUAGAAAGUCCUCCAAGUUUAAAAUCUAAAAAAAGGAAAAUGAAUUAUGACAAAUUUAUUGAUGAUGAAGAUGAAGAUAAUAUGAUAAUAGAUACAUAUGACUCUGAUAAAGAUGCAGAAUAUAAAUUACCCGGAGUUUCAAAUGAUUAUUCAAGUCCAAAAAGUCCAGCAAUGAUUGAAAAUGAUAAAAGUGUUCAUUCAAGUCCAAGCAUUUUCAAUUCUCCUAUUGGGAAGUUUGUGAUUGAGGACUAUGUUUCUGAUUCUCCUAAUCGAAAUGAUGAUUUGAUGAUUUAUCCAUCUCCAAAACAAAAAAAAUCAACAAUAUUUAUGUCACAGCCAAGCAGUCAUCCAACCCCAGUGUUAAAGACAAAUAAUGUAAAAAAAAAGUUAUUUUCCUCACAGCCAUCAAAUCUAUCAGAAGGUAUACAAACAUUACAAACGCAACAAACUGAAAACAAUAGUAAUAAUAAUUCUUCUACCUGUAACAUAGAAAUGCAUAAUGGUGAUUUUCAAAAUCUUGUCCUGGCUUUAUUAAAUAAAAUUAAGUAUGAGAUAUCUAAUUUGAGCUCAACAAUAAAUAUACAACAAAGUACUAUUAACGCAUUUGAUACAUUUUUAAAAAAUACUGGGCAAACAAUUGCUUCUCAAAUGUCUAAUCAAAAUUCUUCAAUAACACUCGAUGACAUGUUUCCAAUAAAAACUGAGGAGGAACUAGAAAUUUUUGAAGAAAAAAUUAAAGGAGAUAAAAUUUUUCGAAAUACUGCGACAGCAAAACUCUCUGUACUAAUUGGUAUUAAAGAUAUUGGUGAUAGCACUAGGCGUUUGAUGUCCAAAAUGUUUGAAGAUGAAGUACUUUGCAACUAUUCGUUAUUAGGAUUCAAGAAAAAAAAGAAUUUUUCACAACUAUCAACCUACCGUUUACUAAUUGACACCAUACGACUUAAUCCUAAGUUCCAAAAUAAAUUGGAUAAAGAAAUCGACGUGCCAUUGGCCACUUGGUUAUCGCAUGCUAAGUUUCGACUUCAGUCUUCGCUUCCAAAAUCCUAAUACAUAUAUGCAACAUUUCCACAUACCAACUAUAGUUACUAUAUUAAAUAAUAAUAAAAUGCAUACC